AUGAGGGCCGUGCUGCUGACCGUCCUGCUGGCCGUGGCCUUGGGGCCCGGGGCCCAGGCCGUGAAGCUGGGGAGGCUGGACCCUCAGAAGCUGCUGGGGCCCUGGUACGUCCUCGCCGUGGCCUCCAGUGAAAAGGGCUUCGCGGUGGAGAAGGCCACAAAGAACGUCGAGGGGGUCGUGGUGACCCUCACUCCGGAGGAUAAACUCAGGGUGCUGUCCUCCCGGCACAGGCUGGAGCGGUGUGACUUGAGCGUGGUGGAGCUGCUGAGGCAGAACUCUGGAUGGGUGUUCGAGAAUCCGUCCCUGGGCGUGCUGGAGUACCGGGUGCUGGGCACCGACUUCCAAGCCUACGCCGUGGUGUUCACCCAGCUGGAGCUGGGGGACGAGGCCUUCAGCACAGUGGAGCUGUACAGCCGGACGGAGCGGGCCAGCCAGGAGGCCAUGGAGCGCUUCACCAAGUGGAGCCAGGGGCUGGGCUUCCUCUCACAGCAGCGGGCCCAGCUGCAGACCGACCGUGAGUGUCGCCAGGGGCCGCUCGUGACGCCCAGGGCUGUGCUGGGGCCACGGGGCCCCUUGCUGACCCCUGGCAGUGUCGGGGACCCUUCUGGCCUUCGGGAGUCGGGCAGGACUGGAGUUACCUGUGCACAGAAGGCCUUCCAGGUAAGCUGCCGUGGGGGCGCCGCCCUGGGCUCCCUGGGCUCAGUGAGUGCUGUGGCCGCAGGGGACAGUGCCCGCCGUCCUGUUGGAAGGGGCCAGGCGCUGCCCUCCACGGCGGGGGCUGGCGCGGAGCCGGCUGCUCCUAGGCCUCUUGCUGCAGCCCCAAAUAAAGGGACGCCGGAGCCCGCCCAUGCCUCCGUGUGUGUCGCGUCGGGCAGACGGCCGCCCUCUCACGGCUCCAGCUAG